AUGGCAGCUUCAGCAAACGAUCAGAUUGAAACAUCAAUGUUAGAUUAUUUCCAUAUAGUUUUGGGCUCAGAGACAAGUAUGCAAAUGGUCAUGUACGGUAUCGGCAGCAUUGAAUUGUAUGAGCCUUCAUGUUUACAACUCAGCAUAGCAAUGUCGAUGAAAAGAGAUUUAAAUUUGAUUGGAAACAUCGAGGUAUUUGAUCAUGUUCUCUUUGUAACUGAGUUUCGGGUUUUGGAAGCUCUUGGUUGUUCCGUUAUUUCCAUAAACGAGCAUCGGAAGCAAGAGGCUGUGAAGCCAACAAUGUUCUUCAUGCCUCGCUGCGAAGCAGAGUUAUAUAACAACCUGUUGCAGGCAAAUUAG